CGACCACCACACCCUCCGCGCGCCCAGGUAGGGGGUCGACGGCAGCGUCAGCUGAGCCACCUCGCACACCCACGACGCUCGCGCAACCACCAUGUCGGCGUAGAUAGCGGGAACGUUGAGGAGGAAAUGGAUUUCACGAUAUCGCUGGCUCAUUUCUGCGAGGUCCACGGCCCGACCCCGAUUCUCUGCACGCAAAUCUCCCCUCCCGACCCGUGCCAGACCUGCCACCACCCAUGCGUCACGCCGCCAUCCGACGAGCCGCCUCGGUCCGCCCACCCAUACAACGCCCUAUACGACAACGGCCACGGUUCCUUGGCCAGCCGGCUUCCGCAGCUGUCUUCGCCGUUCGAGACGCCGCCGACUAGCCCGACGUCCCCGAGGAGCAGACACAACCCGUACUUCCCCAGCGUGGCAAGCGGUACCGACUUCACCAGACGGUACAGCGGCAGUGUCGAGGACGAGAACGACUCCUGCGCCAACUGCACCUUUCUCGUCCCGAAGAAUGUCAGCCAGCGUCUCCCGGACGGAGCACCUGGCAGUCCUUCGAAAGAUGGGAGAGGAAAGAGCAGCAGUCCCGUGCUGCGAACCAACCAGCCAGUACUCGCGCGUGGCCCAGCUACGCCCCAGUCCGAUGAAUACAACAGCUCGCCAGAAUCGUCUGACGCCGAGCAGUCCAAGUCCUCGACGGCUUCGCGCUCCAGCUUGCCCAACUCUUCCCCUUCUUCGCCCAUGUAUAUGCCUCGCAACACCCACACCCAUACGUUGACGUACCUCACGACCCACCAACCGACUUCCCCCUCGACCUUUUCUCUCCUGAGACGGUCAUGUAUCCGAACUUUGUCCUGCGAGAUGCUCCCCUGUGGAAAGCCCUCUGGUCCCCUCUACUUCGGUGACCCAAUAGUCGGAUACACCAUAGCCUACAUCUUCCGCCUCCCCGAUCCCCGUGCACGUGGCCAGAAACGGACGUACGCACUGAUCGCCCUGGGCGGACGGGACAGCUGGCGGGUUGGCAAAGCCAUGGUCAAAGUAACGGCUGUCUUCGAGAGCAUCGCCAACCGCAUCAUCGCUAUGGCCGACAAGGUCCUAGAGCGGGAAUCGGCUGCAUCGCCCUUCAACCAGCCAUUGGCUUUCACCCGCCCUUCGACCGCUGUCGCUACUACACCGCCGCUACUCAGCACCUCGGCACAGUCCAUGCCCGCCUUCCCGUCGCCACAGAAGGAGAAGCUGUCGUUCUCGACCGCCAGCUCACCCGCCACGCGCAACAUCACGCCCGUCUCGUCAUUCCUGUCUGCGAAGAAGGUUGAUCCAGACGGCUAUCCACGCGUGUCGCGUGACGUGAUGCGUGCUAAGAGCCUGGCUGAGAUUGUGGGCCGCGAAGACUUCUUCGUCGAGCUCCACGUGCGCUUCUGUACGCUCCUGUCGUCGCUCAUCAAGGAAUUCGGCACCUGAUCUCGUGUUACUCGACAUAUGGGCAACACCACUCCUGUCUCACCAAUAUACGUUCCGCAACCCUGUUCGCUGUGUCCUAGAAGCACACCAUUCCAGCGACUAGCUCCUCCUGUCCUCUACCACG